AACGUAAUAAAAACGAGUUUGCCCUCGCGUCCAAGCAUGGCCAAGCCGCGGCCCGCGGGAAAGAAGAAGCCGGGACGAGGCGCGUUCCUGGUCAAGCGGACGGCGCGCGGAGGCGACAAGACGAAGCCGAGCUCGCGAGCGAUCAAGCCUCGGAUCGACGAGGCUCAGCGCCGGGCCAACGAGAUCAUGGAGUGGCUCGGCGACGCCGUCCUCGACGAGCUCGUCGGUCGCAGCCUGCUCCGGCACGUGCAGCUCUUUUGCUCGACGACGCACGACAACGACCUCUCGAACCUGGACCUCUUCCGCGAACUCCGGAGCACGCUCGUGACCAACGCCAACUUGAGCUGCGUCUACGACAAGCUCUUCCCGGCCAAGUACACGAUCCUUCUGCACCCGCUCAAGCUCAAGGAAAAAGCCGACCUCGUCGAGGUGCUCGUCGGCCGCAUUGCGGCGCGAUCGCGUCCGACGCCGUCCGAGAUUGCCAAGCUGGACAGCGUCCUCUCGCACAUGCUCCACGUCGAAUUCACGCAGUGGGCGGUCCAGGCCGAAGCCGACGAGAAGAGCAAGGUCAACCAAUUCGAGCUGCUCCAAGAGCUCCUCGACGACUCGGACCUAAGCGAUUUGGACAAUAGUAGUAGUAGUGACGCAGCGCCCGUCGAGGCCCUCCUCUCGUCGCCCGUCGAGGAGCCCAUCUCGGUGCCAUACCACGCGUUUGCGACGGUGAAGGAACUGCUCGCACACGCGGUGCCGGCGUCCGCGCAAGUGGCGUCGCUGCUUGCAGACGUCGCGGCGCUGCGGACCUUGGCGACGGACCCGACCCAUGUGCUCCAGACGUCGAGGGUCAUGUUUGAAAUCUUCAAAAUGUACGGCAUGUCGGUGCUCAAGGAGCGGUCGAGUGCGUGCUUGCUCUUCGAGACGCAGCUGGCCGCGGACCAAGGCAAGCUCACGUGGGUGCGACAAGAGGUGCUGAGCCUCGAGAACCUCGCGGGCGCCGCCAUCGCCUUGGGCCUCGCGUCGCCGGCAGCGUCAUCGCGUGUGCAAGCCAACUCGCUCCGCGCGCUUGUCGGGUUUGCGACAGCGAUGAACCACACGCGCGCCGUCAACGCGCUCGCGGCCUAUGUCGUGUACCUCCACCACCUCCGCCAGCGCACGCACCUCUGCCGCAAGAGUGCAUGCGCCCUCGGCUUCCUCGAGAACCGGCGCGUCCUCUUUGAUGACGUCAACGCGUGGCUGCUGCACGAAGACUCGACUUGCGCGCAUUCGUUUGAGCUCUUUUACGCGAGCGUCUGGACCUCACUGCCGCCAACCAUCGCGCUCUCCGCCUUGCCCAAGAGCGUGGACGCGACUAGUACGUUUCUGCAGCGCCGGCAACUGCCCCCGGUCGCCUCCGACGAGCUCACGCGACUCCAGUCGUGGCUGCCCGAUCGCUGGUGUGACUUGGACACGCACUUGGUGCUUCAGGCGCCGACGCUUUCCCGGAAGCGCAAGCGGGCCCGAAGCGACGAGGUCGACGUCGACGCCGCCAAGCUCGCCCGCAAGUCGUUUGCGUCGUUUGCCUUGCUGCAGCGGUUCCAGCACCGUCGGUUCCUCUACUGCCUCGAGACGCUCGUCGUCGCCUUUGCCAAGAACGAUGUGCGGCACUGCGAUACGUACUUGCACCAUCUUUUGAGCAACCGGCGCGACGACGAGAGCGACGAGCUCGCGGGCGCGAUGGGGUGCCCGAAAGCGUGCUGCGUCACCGAGCACUGCCUCUCGCUCGCACUCAAAGACAACUUUUACCGGCUCCUCAUGCACGAACUCUGUCUCUUCCACCGACUACUCUCGUCCAGCAAGACCGUGACAAGCGGCGCGCGCGUGACCCAGAUCCGUCGCCCGCCAUCGUACGUCUUCUCGCACGAUACGUUCACCGACGUUGCCGUCGCGAUCGUUCUCUGAAACACAUUGGUCGCGUGUUGAAACAUGUAAACGUCCGAAUCUCGUCACGGCGUAUCGGCCCACUGCCGAGCGAGCUC